AUGGCCGAAGAAGCAGAAUGCAGCCAGGCUACGAUCAUAAAUAUUCGCGCAAACUUGCGCCAAUUUGGAAGUGUGCACGCACCCCCAACACGAAUAGGGCGGAAACGGACUGUAACACCACUUAUGAUCGAAGCCCUCUGCGAAUACCUGUCUGAAAAGCCCGGUUUAUACCUCGAUGAGAUGGCUGUUUUCCUCUGGGAUGAAUUCCGCACCCUAGUUACAACCUCUAGUAUCAGACGAGCCCUUGUUGCCAAAGGCGCAUAG